GGAGUUGUGAGAGGCAGGGUAACAGCUGUUGCUUCGCCAAAGUUGACCGAUCGCCGAUUCGCCGCCCUGAGGAUAGCAGAGGAAGAGAUUCCAAGCUCCGAGAUCCACUCGAUUCGUGCACUACACGCAAUUUGUGCCCGCAAUUCGCGCUAGAUCCUUCACUAGUAGGUCAGGAGCGACGAGUCAUUGAGAACCUUUCAGUCGGCACGCUUGAUGGCGGAUCUUAAUUCCGAGCACCGGCUUCAACGGCAGCGCGCGCGGGAUGAGCAGAGCGUCGAAAAUGCCACGUCAUCUGGUGGUAUGACGUGGCGGUCGUCAUCCCCACCCUCCUCGUCCUCCUGGUGGCAGAAUUUCGUGACAGCAGCUGUCCACGUCAAGAUUCCCUCCACCGCUGACGUGGCAGGCCUAGCUGGCGGCAUCGCCGUUUCCACGCCUCCUACGGCUGCAACCACCAGCACCAGCGCGAGCGGCAUUCACGGCGCCAGUAGCGGCGGCGGCGGCGGCGGCGGCAGCAGCGUUCCGUCGAGAGUAAUUUACCCUUUCGAGUCCGUGAGCCUUGGAAAUACCGAUUCCGACCCGCUCCUGUCAGGGAUCCACCCAAUCCGCGAGGCUGACGAGACAGGGGGCGCAGGAAAGGCAGGAGGUGGACGAGGACUCUGGAGAGGGAGAGAUGGAGAAGACAGGGAGAAAGAAGGGAGGGAUGGAGAGGCCCACGAUGACGCCCAAGGUGAGGCCCAAGAUGACGCCCAAGGUGAGGCCCAAGAUGAGGCCCAAGGUGAGGCCCAAACUUGGGCCAGCAAUCGGCAGAUCUCGCAAGGAGCAGGGGAGGUAGCGGGGGAACGAGCAAGCUCCUCCGCCCAGCACUUGUCAGAGUCUAUGCUGCCGCCACCACCCAAGCCCCCCGCGCUCACCCGCUCUCUCUCCCUCCUCGACCUCAUCCUCCUCGGCAUCGGCGCGUCCAUUGGCUCGGGCAUCUUCGUCGUGACAGGUGUCGCCGCGCGAUUGGCCGGCCCAUCCGUGUCGUUAUCCUUUCUCCUGGCCGGCUUGGCGUCGCUCCUCAACGCGCUCUGCUAUGCCGACCUUGCCGCCCGCUUCCCCGGCCGCGUGGGCGGCGCAUACCUCUACGCGCACGCCUGCCUCGGGCAGCUCGCGUCGUUUGUCCUGUUUUGCCACUUGGUGCUGGACUACCACGUGGGGGCGGCAGCGAUUGCCAGGAGCCUGGCGAGUUAUUUGGCGUCUCUGGUGGAGGUGGCAUCUGGGGUAGGGCUACCUGCAGUGCUGGCACCAGGAGGCCUGCCUAUUUCCAUCCCCCUGCCAUUUCUCUCCCCCUCUUGGCUCCUCUGGUGGGUUUCCGACUGGUGGUCCGGGGGACAAAGCCCGGUGCCACCCGUACUGACCCUAGACCUCUCGAUCAAUCUGGUCGCGCCAGCUGUCCUGCUGCUUAUCUCGUGGCUGCUGUGCCGUGGGGUGAGGGAGACCUCGAGGGUGAACGACGUGAUGACGUCUACCAAGGUGGCCAUAGUGGUGCUCGUGGUGGCUGUGGGCGCGCGGUACGUCAACCCUGCGAACUGGAGCCCCUUCUUCCCCCCAUCGUUGAACUCCCUCCUGGCCUCUGCUGCUCCUGCCGCUGCUACUACUACUGCCUCUGCUGCCGUCCCUGCUGCUGCUGCUGCCACUGCCACUGCGUCUGCUGCCUCUGCUGCUGCAACCACCGUCAGUGGAGCCAGCAGCAGCAGCGUUGGUGGCGUCCAGGCCAUGCUAUCAGCCGCCUCUCUCGUCUUCUUCUCGUACAUCGGCUUUGACGCCGUGGCCAACACAGCUGAGGAGUCCCUGCACCCCCGCCGCGACGUGCCCCGCGGUCUCCUCCUCUCCCUCGCCGUUUGCUCGCUGCUCUACAUCUCCGUCUCUCUUGUCCUCACUGGCAUGGUCCACUUCACCCUUCUCGACCCCUCCGCACCCCUCUCUUCCGCCUUCUCCUCGCUCGGACUCCACUUCAUGGAGCGGAUCAUCGACAUAGGGGCGGUAGUGGGCCUCACGACUACGCUCCUAACGGGGCUGUAUGUGCAGUCCCGCAUGUAUUUAGCACUGGCGAGGGAUGGCAUGCUGCCGGGGUGGUUUUUGCAGGUGAAUGGGCGGAGCCAUGUGCCGGUGCAUGCGCAGUGGUGGGUGGGAGGUGUGGCGGCGGUGAUGGCAGCAGGAUUCGAUGUCGGGAGGCUGUCGCAUAUCCUGUCGGUGGGCGUGUUACUGAGUUACUCUAUAGUGUGUAUGUGCGUGCUGGCUUUAAGAGUGGAGCGCUGCCAUGGAGGUGAAGGGGGGUGUGCUGGUGUGGAGGGUGGGGGUGGAGACCAAGUAGGAGAUGCACUUCUGGCACAGAGGGGCCUAGUCUCCACUAUUGGUACAACAAGCAAUGGUCCCGCAACUAUGUUACACGCACGUGUUCCGCCGCCCCCUCCUUGGAUUGCCCAAUGGGGUGGUGACAAGUGGCAUGAGGCGGUGGUGUACGUCUGUGUCUUAGUUGCAUGCGUCCUGUCCUUGGGAUUUGCCACCCGGUUUGCUGCAUCAUGGCUGCUGCUCGUCCCUCUCUUCCUCCUGUCGCUGGCUUCUUCUGCACCGAUUUUCCUUUCUCAGCGUUUCAGUGUGCCAGCGUCCGGGUUUGCGUGUCCAUGGGUCCCAUUUGUGCCUCUUAUGGGCAUCUGUGUUAACAUGUAUCUGCUUGCGCAGACACAUAUGGUUGCCUGGAUGCGGCUCUUUGUGCUAACGGUCGUGGCACUUGUAGGAUUUUGGUGGAACGUGAAGUGGACUCUACUAGGGUCUCGUGGCUGAUAUUCAAGCUGGUUGGUGGGCUUAUGGCAAUGGUCGUGUACAUACAUUUGAACAUCCCAAAUUAUUGUAACGCUUAUAUUGUGUUUAAUCAC